AUGAUUGUUGUAGAAAAGUACCGGUGUUUCGUGUACGACCCGUGGAGAAACCGCACGGCCUCGGGAUUCAACGUUGCACAGAGCGGCGAUGCAACUUGCAAUGGACUUUACUCCGUCUCCAUCGGCUCUAGGCUUCUCUCGCUCACCAGAGUGGACACGAGCGGGAGCAAGUGCCGCUUCCCCCUGUGGAUCGGCGGCCCCCACUGGCACUCCCUCGACGGCAGCACCACGCUCUCCGUCACCCGCAGGAACUCGACCCUCAGACUCAACGGGCACUCCUCGGCGGGCCCCGUCACGCACGCCUGCCUCGAGCCCUUCGCUCACACGGCACGCUCGGCCACCUACGUCACGAGGGUCAUUCACGGAUGCACGAACGGCUACCAGUGCGUCCGAAUACUGGCAAGGGACAUGCACGUCCUCGAGCUGCUGAUGGGGCGAGUGACCCCCGUCGCCAGCGCCGCCUGCACCCCGUAUUUCUUCGACCCAAAGUCCACGAAUUUCACCACCUUCGUUAGCGGCAACGCGGGUACCAUCGAGUGCCCGAGCACCGGGCGCUACAAGGUGACGAGCGGCAACAGCGGCGACAGUGACAGCAAGGAGAACCUGAACGUGGCGGCCUCGACCUCGCUGGCCAGCGGCGAGACCGGCGUCGGCGGCGGCGGCGGCGGCGGCGGCGGCGGCGGCGUGGCGCUCACCGACCUGACCAUGGGCGACCACAACUCGCGGUGCGCCGAAGCCUCGUACAAGUCCCUCAGCUUCGGCUGUUCGAACCUCGACACGCUCGAAAUACAGACCACGUGCGACAGGGAAGUGUAUUCCUGCCACGGGUCUUGGGCGGAGGCGGGGCGCGAGUACGUCGUGGUGACGCCCACUUCCCGAAGCAGCAAGGGCGUGCGGCGGCUGUGUCUGGUGCUAGAUCACGGCGUGGGCGUCCUCUCCCUCGCCUCCUCCACCCACUCCUGCAGCCGGGACCUGACGCCCGGCCUCCACGGACACAUCGCGUUCAACACCACGAAUGACGGCGGAUGCCACGACGUUUCACCCACCAACGGAAGCCCCGCCCCCGUGGGAAGCUCCCCGCUCUCAUUGGCGAUUGCUGUUAUGACGUCAUUGUUGAUGUCACGUGGGCUAGUGCUGUUACGAUGACCUUGAUGUGUGUGUGCUGUGUGAUAGAAAAAAAAAAGGAAGCUUUAUGCGUGGUUCUGAAGCAGGACGAUCUUCACAAGCUUCGUGAUAAAGGCUGUGUUGGAAUCACAUGGGAAAAUGAGAUUGUCCAGGCAGUGCGUGUUAAUUUUAUGUGUAAAGGAAGAAACGAAUAAAUGGUAACAGAGAAACGGGAAAGUUCCCCCUCAAAAAACACACCAUCAAGUGAUUCUGCAUCAUAGUAAUGUGUAUUAAGAGUGUAGAGUGAUAGUAGUUGAGUAGUGUACAUGUCAUGGUGUACAGUGUCCGUCGGUUAGUGUGGAUGUACAGUGUAACCUUAGCAGUGUUCUCGUCUGCAAACUGCAGUAGAAGUUGACAUGUAAUAAACUUUAAACAGACUAAACAAUGUCCCGAUGAUGUUUCGGUGUCAUGAUGUACCAAAGAUAAUGCUUUUUAACAAACAUGUAGUGUGGGCCGCGUUCGGAAGGAGGAGCCGUCGCCCGGGGGCUGCGUGCGAUGCCGGAAGGCUUCCGCGGGCUGGCUUCGGGCCCGCCGGAAGCCUCUCGCCUCUCAGCGUGCGACAGCGACUGGAAACCAUCUCGUGGCGUUGUGUGUGAAUUUUUCUUUUCCCUUUUUUGUACCUUUUUUUGCGAUCUUGACCCAAGCUUCAUGGUCCACCACCCGGCGCUUGGUCACGCGCAAGCCCCCCGAAGGCCCACACUUACGCGAGACUCGUGGGGCCUCCCAGAGAGACUCGUCAGUGUAGACUCAGUGUCGGUGUAAGUGUCGGUCGCCGUGGCCAGGUCUCGGGUCGUAGCGAGUGGUAGUUAGAGACUGUGGUAGAUGUCGAGGGAGAGAGGCUCGGCUGGGCAAGACCCGUCUCUCGAUGACCCGAAGAUUCCCUUUCUCUUGUCGAUUGUUUUAUAUGGUUUCGAGAGGGAUGUAAACAUAACUGUGUCCGAUGAUCAGUAAAAGAGGGUGUAUGUUAAUUGUUCUGUUGAAAAUGAGCUUAUAUUUUUUUUUCUCCAAUUCCUCACUAUGUUAAGAAAGUUCUGGACUGUUUUUAACCUUCCAAGAGAGGGAGCAAGAGUGGAGUGUGUAUAUAUAUACACGUACUCAUGCAAUGUUUGAUUUUGUGAUCUACUUUGUACUAUUACUCCACAGACAACUAGAUCAGGCGAAUUUGUAUGUAAUUUCCCCGUAAGUUUGAUUUAAGAUACUUUCUACCUUCCUUUCCCCAUAAUCUGAAACCCUGCGUCAUGAAAAGAGUUUAAGAAAUGCGUAAAGAAGCAACGGAAUUUAUGUUGAUUUUUUUUUUUUUUUCAUUCUUUUUACAUACGCAUCUGUUUCUUUACAUAUAUAUUUUUUUUCCCGUUUCAUUCUAUAGAUCGUACUCAAAGGAACCUCAAGAAUUACCCGUAUUAUAAUCAUAACAAGCCGUCCGACACCAGAGUCAGGCGGAGACGCUAUCUGGCCUCCCUCAGUACCUGGCCGCUGGAGGCGCGCGCGAACACCACAUCGCCGGCAGCCGUAGGAAUAGAACUGAGACAACACCCUGUGUAUUCGGCAUUUUUUUAUGUCAUUAUUUAUUAUAUAUGUGUGUAUAUAUAUAUAUAUAUAUAUAUAUAUAUAUAUAUAUAUAUAUAUAUAUAUAUAUAUAUAUUGGCUUGAAAGAAAUAAGAUAUGCAAGGAUUCGGCGCUAGUUUUCUCUGGUGUCUGAAAGUUGGUUCUAUCACUGGUGUUGUUUCUAAGAGCCGGGGUUGAAAGCAGUGUUGCCAGGUACUCGGGACUUGCGAGAUCCUCCCAAGGGCGUCGUGAUGACCCAGGCUGUGGAUGAUACACUGGAGAGGCCACAGUUGGAGGGGAGACAGGCCUGCAUGCGUGCAUUUGGACAUGCGCUAGACACAUGCACGCACGUACAUUCAUAUGCACAUAACUACAUACAGCCAUACGUUUAUACAUACACGCAUGCGUACAUAUAUGAAUAUAAAUAUACACACAAGCAUACGUACAAAUACCCACAAACGCAUGCUUACAAUCGUACAUAACCACACACAUAUCCACGUAUACACAGAUAUACAAACGUCCAUGCAUACGGGCAGAGAUCCCCUUCACCUGGGCUAGAAAAUCGGAAAACUUAAAAAGAAGAAAACAAACAAACAAACAAACAGAUUAGCUGAAAAGAAAAGAAAAAAAGGAAGAGGUACUUUUUAGAUCCAUCGUCGAGUAUGUAGGAAGCCAGCCAGAUGAUGAAGGUCAUUUCUGGAAAUAAAUGAAAAAAAAGAAAGAAAAAAAAAAUUAUUAGAAAAAAAAAGAGAAUUUGAAGAUAUUAAGAAGAGGAAACAACCCCUUUACCCCCCCUACCGACCCUCCCCCAACCCCCAACUUUCCCUUCCCCCUCCCAGCCCUCCUCAGCGUAGGGUGUUGGGGGAGAAGAGAGGGUGUGAGGGAGGGCCGUUGGGGAGGCGGGUCUCAGGCAGUUGGCGACUGGUGGAGAUACAAAAGGUGGCCCUCCAACAAUUUAAAUAAGGGACCACAUCAGUAGAUGAGCGUGUGUUUGUUUUAGUGUAGUGUACUUUAUGCCGCCGGUGUGUUGCGUUUGAGAUAAAGGGACGAGAAGGGUGGAUUUUUUAUUCGU